AUGACAACCAUUGCUGAAUCACCACGUAAUGAGAGGACCCAACGACUAAAACGCAUUGAGCUUGCCAUUUCACCUGGUCGUAGUUUGGGACCUUUUCGACUAGGUUCGACGCUUUGGGACACCAUUCAAUAUCUUCGAGAUCGACCCCAAUUCUUUCCCUCGGUAGAACUCAAGUAUAGUCAAGAGGACCCGGUCAAGUUUGAUUUUGUUAUAGCGUUGCCAGUGAAUGGGAUACACUUGCGUUUCGAUGGUGGGCUUCAGCGUAUGAAAUCGAUCGAGUGCUUUGAUCCCUCCAAGGUCAAGCUAGUAUAUCAAAAUAGCGAUGUCAGCUCUAGUCGUACAAUCCCAACGUUUUUGCUCAUCUACAAAGCUUUUGGCCCCACCUAUCCUGGAGAAUUUGAUUCAUCACAAUCCAUUUACACAUUGAAAUACCCGGGCAUAUCAUUCAUGUUUCCAAUCCCAGCUCGCCACAAGAAUCUUUAUGCAACCUCUUCUGAUCUCCCUCUUGAAUUCCCUGAUGGUACCACGCCUAUCGCUUCACGAGUGUGUCUUUUUUCUACAAGCGGCACAAGCUGGAAAAAAGCUACUGUCCCGCCCUUAUCGAAGGUGAUUGCAGAGAACAACGCCUCCAAUCGAACCUAUGGCAAACCAGGUCGUCGUGAAGUAGAGGAAGUAAAAGCUCAGCCCAACCGAGGAGUCGUCCUUACUUUUCCUACACACGAUGAUUCAAGCAACAGCACAGUAUCCAACCAAGUUGAGAUCCUCCUUCAUAUCUCUCGACCCCAGGACAUUUUGGCUGAUCUCGGCAAACCAUCACGUGUGUUUUACAAGGAGGAAGACAAGAUGAAAAUUCAUUCAGUAACAGAUGAUGGAGCCAUGUUGGGAGGAGCUACCGAUGAGGAUGCUGAGAGUGGUGAGCGAAUUGUUCGAGCAAGUGGUCCUGAUGAGGAUGAAAAAGAUGUGUCCACUGUGGAUCCUACGGAUUACUUUUUCAACUUUUUCCACCUUGGCUUGGAUGUUUUGAUGGAUGGCACUCUACACGUUUGCAAAAAGAUAGUGCUUCACGGCAAUAUACCAGGUCAUUAUGAUUUCCAGCGAUACAAACGAUGCCCUUUCAAAAUCCACUUUCCAGAGUAUCCUAAUGAGGCGAAUGGAAAGGAUGCUUUGGUAGAUGUCGAGGAUGGAUCAUUACCGGGUAACGUUGUUACUGCUGACAUGAAGAUUGAUACGAUGAAAAAACGCAUCCCUUGGGAUUCAAAGAACACGGUGACAGUGGGUGCUCCUCCUGAAGCUGGACGACCUAAGCCUGUUAUUCUUACACGAGGAUCAAGCGAGCAAAACCCUUUUGGAUCGACCUAUUUAACUGGAUAUGAUGAGGGCGUUGUCAUGGAAGUGAUGAAGAAUGGUCAUGUCCCCACUGUCGUGCUAUUUUAG